CAGGAGAAAAGAACAUACAGGGCCUGCCUGCACUGCAGACAGCGAAAAUCGCGCUGCGAUCUCUAUUCGUCUGGCGAACCAGGCCGACCGCCGUGCGAAAGAUGCAUUCGUGAACAGCAUGAAUGCGUUCUUGGUGGCUCCCGUCGUGGUGGCAGAAGAGUCAAGCGCAGCGAUUCCAACGCCGCUAAUCCCCACAACCCUACCACUGGCCAAGCCGUACCAAGCAUCGACACUCGCUUGCCGAGCUGGAGCUCUCUAAACCCGGAUUCGAGGACGCUCCCGCCUCUAUCCAACGAUGGAGCUAUCACGCCUACGGCAAAGAUGACGGUCGAUGACACAGUUGCCUCCACUGACUUGCAAAACCCUGCGGAUGCUCUGGAAUUCUUAGCGCAUGUUGCCGAGCGAGAUUCCGGUAGCAAUCAACUGCCACCCAUGCAUAGUGCUGUGUACGGAAGAUCACCGCAUCAACCGCCUAGUGCAACCAACACAGUGAACGAUCCGCGAUCUGUGAGUGCAUCGACACCGAGCAAUGUCGUCGACUAUCCGCCUCUUGCUCAAGGCAAGCUCAAUCUUGAUAUGAUACACGCUCUUCUCUAUCGAUAUGAAGAGAAGUAUCAUCCGUUCUUUCCUCUCGCCAAUCCGGCGGCCAUGGAGCCGACCAAUCUGGCUACCAUUGCCGCAAAAGAGCCUCAUCUGCUUGCCGCCAUCCUGACAGUCGCGUCGAAGGAUGAAAAAGACUGGUGGCAGGUUCAUGAUGACUGCUCUUCGCACAUGCAAACCCUGGUAGGCAGUCUUGCUUAUACUGGCGCUGCGUCCGUUGAAGCAGUAGAAGCCAUGCUCAUCUUGGCUGAGUGGGUUCCUCGCCGGCCUCAUUCAACGCCAGCCAUUGGUCGCGGCGAGGAAGAUCAGGCAGCAUGGAUGUAUGUUGGGACCGCAAUUCGACUGGGCUAUCUGCUAGGCAUCGACAGAACUGGUUUCAGAGCAGAAAGCGAAUCACAGACUGCGGAUCUGAACCGCAAACGUCUGGCCUGGGCAAGCUGCUAUAUGAGUGACCGCCAAAUCUCGGUCCGAAUAGGAAAGGCAUUUUGGUCAAGAGGUCCUGGUCCAAUGACGGCGCUGCGGGCGCAAGACUUUCCCAGUCUCUAUCCUCGACUGCACCGGCAGGACGACUUUGCCGCCAUAUUUCAGGCCAAUCUGGAGCUGACGCAACUCUUCAGCAAUGCGCAUGAUGUGCUCUACGCGACCAAGAGCAGGUCGAAUCAGCUCAACUACGGCGGCGAAUAUGUCAAGUAUAUCGACGACUUCCGGGUAGCGUUACGGCACUGGAACGAAUCGUGGGGAGUCUUCACAUGCUCGCCUCCGCUAAAGGCCAGCCUGAUACUGUCCUACGAGUAUCUCCGGUUAUACGUGAACGCCUUCGCAUAUCAAGCUACCCUCAACCGGCUGAUACAGAAGAUGAAAGAUGCGAUGGACAGCGGUCAACAGUCUCGACCAAUCGCAUAUCCUUUCGCAGACGUCGCUGCAACUCCAGAUGCGCGCUUUGUCUACGACGCCAUAGAUGCUGGGAAAGCACUGCUCAGCACUUUCUGCAGCUUCGUGGAUCCACAGGAGACCUUCCGCUAUAUGCCGAUGCGCUACUAUCUCUACGUCAUCUACUCCGCCGUGUUCUUGUACAAGGCUCGAUCAACAGGAGUCAUGGCUGGUGAUACUCGAGGAUCGGUCAAAAGAUUGAUCAGCGACACCAUGGACAACCUUCAGAAGUCGAGUGCUUGCCCCAACGAUGUGGGAGACCGAUAUUCGCGGCUUAUAAGACUUCUUUGGAGAAAACCGCCAGGACGAGGAAGCAUUGCAGAUCCAAACGAUAUCACUCGCCCUUCAACGACAACACAGAACGGCGGCCCUGGUGUCCCAUCAAGGACGUCAGAUCCUCAGCAGCCAAUGGACAUAGCACCGCUUUCGAUCAAUCAAUUCAGUUGGCUUGAUCUGGGUGCUGUUGGCGACUUCGCUGUCGAGAACAACAAUUCCAUUGCAGGCAGCAUGGUCGAUAACUUCGACCUUGAUUCCAAUUCUGCUGAUGGAUUCUCGCAAUUCGACCCGAGUAUGAUUGUAUCACCCAAUCAGUUCGCCGCUUGGAAUGGUUUGUCUCCUUCCGGAAUCAUCUUUUGA